UGCCCACCGCACUGUCACACUCGCGCACGCAGCUCACGAGCAGCAGGCAGGGGAUGUGAAGAGAAGUGAAGUGGUUAUUUCUUUCACAGAACCUCGACAACAAGACGCAACUUUGGACAACUCCUGCGAGGAACGGCGCGCUGCAAUCUGCUGAUGUUUUUAUGGUGGGAGCUGGAGAUCGCGCGUAAUCUUUGCACGUGGAUGCACUUUGCUCGAUCGUUGGGAUGUUUCUUUUGACAGCUGCCCACGGCUCGUGACAAACAGCGGUGCCCGGAGUGAGCUGUCACCGGCUGCCCGAGCUGCAGCCUUGAGUUCUGACAUCUUCAAUCUAAGAAAGCUCCACUCUUCGCAAUGGCUUUGGGUUGGACAUAACUGCUCCUGUCCCCUGCUGAUCUCCCUGCAACUCCAACGUAUCCAUCCUGUUUUUUACUAUUUCCCUUUGACGUUCCUUCUGUAGGAUUCUUCUAAAAAAAAAAAAAAAAAAACUACAAUCAUGGCGAGUCUUGUUCUGAACGAGACGGGAAUGGAAGAUUGUGGGAUUGACGAUUCCUUCAAGUACAACCUCUACUCAGUGGUCUACAGUGUGGUCUUCGUGUUGGGUUUGGUCACUAACUGCGCCGCGCUUUUCGUCUUCUGCUUCCGGAUGAAAAUGCGCAACGAAACUACGAUGUUCAUGACUAACUUAGCUCUCUCCGAUCUAGUUUUCGUGUUCACGUUGCCAUUCAAGGUUUUCUACAACGUCAAUCGUCACUGGCCUUUUGGAGAUGGGCUGUGCAAAGUCUCUGGCACUGCUUUUAUCACUAAUAUCUAUGGGAGCAUGCUGUUCCUCACUUGUAUCAGCGUGGAUAGAUUUUUGGCGAUUGUCUACCCGUUUCGGUCCAGGUCGAUCCGAACUCGGCGAAACGCAGCGUUGGUUUGUGCGGCCGUUUGGUUGACGAUCGUCGGUGGAGGGAUUUCAGUUACGUUCUUCUCCACCAUCAACAACAAGCACAGUGCCACCACCUGCUUCGAGGGGUUCUCCAAGAGCACCUGGAAGACCUACCUGUCCAAAAUCACCAUCUUCAUCGAGAUUGUGGGUUUCCUGUUUCCGCUCCUGGCUAAUCUUGUCUGCUCCUCCCUGGUCCUCCGCACCCUCCGUCGCCCGGUAACCAUCGGCCACAGCGACAACAAACAGCGCGUCUUACGGAUGAUAGUGGUCCAUUUGAGCAUCUUCAUCAUCUGCUUCGUCCCCUACAACUCCAUCCUCUUCCUCUACGCGCUGGUCCGGACCCAGGCGCUGGCUAACUGUUCCGUGGAGAGAUUUGCACGAACUCUGUAUCCCAUAACCCUUUGCAUGGCUAGCCUGAACUGCUGCUUGGACCCUGUGGUGUACUACUUCACAUCCGAAAGUUUUCAGAAAAGUCUAACGCUGGGAGCUAAAGGAUCAGGAUCUAGAGCGGAAAGCAUCCCACGGAGCGAUACCGACGUUCAAGACCCUAGCAACGCACUUCCAAAAGACACGCAUAGCAACGGGAAGGAAGUGUCAGAAAGCAAGUUAUGAAUUUGGAAAAAAAAAAAAAAAGUUGGAAUAAUAAUUUUCAGAGUGGAUUUGACUAAACCUGAAUUACAAAAUAAAGUAAUCAGAUGUUUGUUCACCAAGUGGAAAACACAUAGCUCAGCAGAUUAGGCAGGUCCAAAGAGGUAAGUCCCAAGUUAUGGCCUAGGAUUAAGGAUUAAUCCAAUACUGGACCAAUAGGAGUUUUGAGAUGAGAAAAAACAGAGACAUAGCAGCACUUUUACUUUGGACAGAAGAGGACUGCCUUGGGUUAAAAUGGCUGCCUUGAAAGCGCUUAUCUAACUGUCCAUAUGCGACAAGUCCGUUCUUAAACCAUGUCAUGUAAAUUGAAAGAAAUGCUAACAGUAUUCUGAAUGGGCAUUAUUAUUAUUAUCAUCACAGUGGCUAUGUUCAAACACACCUCAAAAUCUGAUUAUUGUCUGAUUUAAGAUUAUGUAAAUGACAUGCAAACCACAAAGUCUGAUGUAAAUAUUGUGAGGGACCAUGAUCACAAAGAGCUCAGAUGAUUUAGUUGUUUACAUAGUGUUUUUAUAAUCUUAUAACAAAAAAAAAUCCGCCACUGAUAGUUGCAUAAUAACAAUACACAUGUUGAAAGUGGUUUUAAAGGUCCUAUAUUACGCAGAAUUGACUCUUGUGAGCUUUAAGACUUGGACCUGGAGUUGUGUUUUGUUUCAUUCACACAUAUUAGAGUAAUCUUGCGUUGUUGGGCUGUCUGCAUCUCCAAAGCUCAAAAUGCUCUCUUCCACCUUGUGAUGUCAUAAAGGGUGGUUUUCAAGUUAACAGCUGCCUUUUACAUUUAGUUCAACAGAGAUUAGUAACUCCAGAGCUAAAAUGACCCCAAUGAUUCUAGUGAAGGUGUGUAUGGGGUUUAAAAACACGGUGGUCGGCUUCCUGCAGAGGUGGAGACUUGCAAGUCGUGACUUGGACUCGAGUCAGACUUAAGUCACUAUGUUUGGGAUUUGAGACUUGACUUGAUAAAAUGGACUAAGACUUGGGCCUUGACUCGGACUUGAAGGUCAGAGACUUGGGACUCGACUCGGACUUGAGGCCUGUGACUUGAGAAGACUUGAGAAGCACUUUUAAAUCAGAAUUAUUUCUAUUAUGACCGUAAUGAUUCACACUAAGAUCUUGUCAAGACAUUUAAAAAAGAAAAAAAUUAUUUCUACAACUCUUAUAUACUCUAUAAAUACUCAUAUAUAAACAUACUAUGAUUUUUUAGGUACAAUUUAUAUUAAAGGUCAUAUAAAUUGCAAAAAUCUAAGCUUUAUUUGAUACUUUGGUUGAAAGACUUGAAAUGACUUGAAGCUCAAAGCAGAUGACUUGGACUUGGACUUAUUGGCCAGUGACUCGAGACUCAACUUGGACUUGCCUGUAUUUGACAUGGGACUUGACUUGGACUUGAGGUCAAAGAGUUGUGACUUAAUUGAGACUUGCAACACAAAGACUUGGUCCCACCUCUGGCUUCCUUUAUUGCUGCAUGACAUCACAAGGUGGAACUGAGUGUUUUUCAUUUGAGAGAAGAACUCAGCCUAAAUAUUCAUGUGUGAAUGAAACAAAAUACAACUCCAGGUAUGUUUCGGAUGAAGAAACAUUACAACAUAGAUCAGAAAAUAGUGUAAUAUGCGCCCUUUAAAAGUGACUAUGCAAGAUGCUUUUGUCUGGUCAUAUCUUGGUUGAAUUCACAGAGAAAUGGUAAAUGCCUUGGAGAUGGUCAAAGCUAUUUUAAUUUGUAGUAACUUUUGGUUGUUUACAUAACACACUUGUGAAAAAUACAUAGCACAACAUUUCAUUGUAUUGAUUUAAACUUCUAUAAGUAUGGCACCUGUUAGUAUUAAAGUAGCAUUCAGUUUGAUUACUAUACUAGCUAACUAUUACAUGUUUUAUCUUAUUUAAUUGUCUUUUAUUUUGAAACGUGUGCAAUUAUCUGUAUUCAUAAACAGUGAAUUCACCCCAGUUAAGUCUAUCCAAUGAUAUCUAGGCCUGUCACGAUAACAAAUUCUG